AUGGUGCUAAGUCGGGUUUAUAUCGGGAGGAAGACCGUGAUCAUUGUGGCUCCAUCUUACACUGGUGAUCACAGCAGUAGUGUGCUGUUGGAUGAUUUUUGUUGCAAACUUGCUCACUUGGAUAUUGACUUUGCCCUGCUCUUUUCGAUACUUGUUAGGUGGGCAAUUGUAUACGUUGCACAGAUGAAACCGCUCAUUGUUCCAAUCCUCAGUGAAGGAGAGUGA